AUGCAUGACCUCAUCGAAAGCAGAACGAUCUAUAUCCGAGACCAGAAACCUUGCCCAGAAGUUUCCCGUUUCCGAAAGAUUUCGAUGGAAAAGACUGCCGAAGCACAUGAUCAUUAUUCGGAAAUCACGGAGCAUAUUGACCACCUGAGAGAGAAGUAUGUUGCUGUCUCAAUCGAUUCCUUGUUGGCGAAGGAUGAUUUGGAACAAGAAGAAUUCCUUGCGCAGGUAUCCUCUAUCCCAAAUGUAUUUGGUGUUGAGCUCGACGAUGACAUAAUGCAUUGGCUUUUCCGAUUGGAAUUCCAACCCAAAGUAGAUGCAAUGCGGGAUCUCCUGAAAUCAUUGAAAGAGAUUGCGGAGAAGAACUCCCAGCCCGCAUUUCAGAAAAAUCGUUUAGUUUGGGCACUGCAUCUCGUUCAGAGUCAUGAUCAAGAUGGAAUGGGAUAUCUCUCGCGAAAGCUCAAAGAAGAGAUCCUGCCGCCUCUUGCCGAAACGAUGAAGCUUGGGGCAUGUAUGGAGAACAUAUAUACGCAAACAACCUCUGACCCAGAGGACCUAGUGGAUGAGGUGAACGAUCGGGAGGAUCCUCAGGUUGUAAGCUCACAGCAGUGA